AUGUUUAAAUCUGGUGUUCUGACCUUUUUGAUAGUUUUUACAGUUUCAAUAUUCGCUGCGAAGAAUGUAAAUGGAUCUCAGCCAGUAUUACAAAAGACAAUCGAGGAGCUGUUUACUGACCGGGCUGAUGUCAUUUAUCCUGGUUCCUGUAAGACGUUUAGAUCAUCAGCCCGACAGUCAAAAAUGUGCAAGAAAGAACCAGGUCUUUCAAAUAUUAUUCUCACGGCCAAGCAACAGGCAAUCACGGCUUGUGAAGAUACAUUUCAAUAUGAUAGAUGGAAUUGUUCGCUUGUUUUCAAUAAACGACCGAAAAAAAGUAUUUUCAAGAAAAUAUAUAGAGAGACUGCGUUCGUCCAUGCUUUGAUUGCAGCAUCUAUAGCUCAUGCUGUUGCAAGAGGUUGUGCUUCUGGCAAUCUAUCCAGGUGUGCAUGUUUUGGAAGCUUCAAAAAUACGUCAUGGCAUGUUCGCGGCUGUGGAGACGAUUUUAAAUUUGGAAAAAGAUUUACAAAAAACUUUCUAGAAUGGAAACAGGCAGGGUCUGAUCAGAUAGCUGAAAUCAUUAAACAAGAUGUAAUAGUUGGUAUUGACUCUGUGGGCGAACAGAUGAAAGAAAUUUGUAAAUGUCACGGAUUUUCUGGAUCGUGCACCACUAAGACUUGUUGGAAGCGACUGGGGCCGUUCAAUUCAGCUAUGGGAUUAUUGAAGAAACAUUACCACCAUGCGGUGAAAAGAAAAUUGGUGAACUUUACAACGAAGAGAGCAGUUACUCCGAAAGCGAGGAAAAGAAUGCAACUUGACAAGAACAAUUUGAUUUACUUACAGAAGACUCCGAAUUUAUGUUUCAGUACCAAGGGAAGAAUAUGUAAAGAUAUUCAUAAUUGUGCUACUUUGUGUUGUGGAAGAGGUUACGUUACAGGCAAGAAGAUAGUUAAAUCCAGAUGCAAAUGUAAAAUGGUGGACUGUUGUUUCGUUAAAUGCGAUACUUGUGUUGAAACAGUGGACUUGUUUACUUGCAAGUGA